AUGGGCGCCGGAAUCUCAAAGAUGCUCGCCAAGCUCUUUGGCAACAAGGAGAUGCGUAUACUGAUGCUCGGGCUCGAUGCCGCCGGCAAAACAACAAUUCUGUACAAGCUGAAGCUCAACCAGUCGGUGACGACCAUUCCGACCGUCGGCUUCAACGUGGAGACGGUGACAUACAAGAAUGUCAAGUUCAACGUGUGGGAUGUUGGAGGCCAGGACAAGAUCCGGCCUCUGUGGCGUCACUAUUACACAGGCACGCAGGCGCUUAUUUUCGUAGUUGAUUCGGCCGAUCGCGACCGCAUAGACGAGGCGAGAACGGAGCUCCACCGUAUUGUCGGUGACAGGGAGAUGAAGGACUGCCUUCUGCUUGUGUUUGCGAACAAGCAGGAUUUGCCAUCAGCGAUGACUCCCGCGGAGGUUACAGAGAAGCUUGGUCUGCAUCGGAUGCGCGAUCGCCAGUGGUAUGUGCACCCGUCAUGUGCUACCACCGGUGAGGGUCUGUUUGAGGGUCUGAGCUGGCUCAGCCAGAACAUCAAGACUCCUUAA